AUGUUUGUUUUAUGUGAGGCUGUGGAGUUAUCUUUCAAGGUGGUUGCUGGUCUUGUUAUCGAGUUUCACAAAUAUUCUGGCCUUCAGCCAAAUUUACAGAAGAGUGCAGUCUUUUUCGCUGCAGUUACAGAGGAUAAAAAAUUGAUUUUGAGUCACAUUCUUACUAUUCCUGAAGCCUCUCUCCCAGUUAAGUACUUAGGAGUGCCUUUGAUUACAGCUAGGCUCAAGUAUUCUGACUGUGUUGUACUUAAGGAGAAGAUGUUGGCCAGAAUUACCUCUUGGGCGAACAAGUUAUUAUCCUAUGGGGGUAGAUAUCAGUUGAUCAGUUCUGUUCUAUAUGGUAUUCAGCAUUAUUGGUGUUCCACCUUUAUUCUCCCUCAGCAACUUCUUAAGGAGAUUGAAUCAAUUCUUCGGUCUUUUUUUUGGAAGGGAGUUGAUUUGAAGAGUACGGGUGCUAAGAUUAGUUGGGCCAAGAAAGUUGCUUUUCCUUUCAUCACAAAUAUCAUUGGCAAUGGUGAGUCCACCUUUCUUUGGUUGGAUAAUUGGCAUCCCUUGGGAUCUCUUUUUUCUAAGCUUGGAAAUGGAGUAGUCUUCAAUCUAGGCAGGUCCUUGAAUGCGAGGGUAAGUUCGAUUAUUGCAGAUUGCUGUUGGAGAUGGCCUCGAGCUCGGGAUGCCAUUAUACAGGAGAUUAUAAGGCAUACUCCAGAUAACUUACUCCCUCAUCCUGAUCGAGAGGAUAAGGUGGUAUGGAACCUUACUGUUUCUGGGGAGUAUACAUCGAAAUCUGCUUGGGAGGCGUUGAGAGUUUCUGGUGAAGAAGUUAGGUGGCAUUAUCUGGUGUGGUUCAAGCAUUACAUCCCUCGUUGGGCUAUGAUUCAGUGGAUUGCUUUUCAUGGGAAAUUAUUGACUUGGGAUAGAUUGUUUUCUUGGGGGAUUAUUGUUGAUAAAAGCUGUGUCCUUUGCGGUGGGUGGGAGGAGUCCCAUGACCAUAUCUUUUUUGUUUGCCCUUUCUCAGCUGCUGUGUGGAAUCUUUGUCUGCUAAAGUGCAGCAUUUCUAGACCUCCUUUACCUCUUAGGGAUGAAAUUUCUUGGGGCCUUGCUAAUGGUAGAAAGAAUGUUCGUGCUUGCCUUUGUAGUUGGCGGAAUGUCGAGCGAACUAGGGAGAAUAUCAGGAUUUUGGAAGGUUGGCGUGUCCCCUCUGUUGUUUUCAUAUUUGGAUUCUGGACUUCGGCUCUUUCAGCCUCCACCCUUCACCUCAUCGGCUCAAAUUCCUCACGGAAUCUCACCCACGGCGACGGCAAGUUGGCCACAAUUACAGGAACAAUGUCUUCUGGUCCAUCAAUGACAAGUGAUCAUGCUUGUAGUCAUGCUCCAUCAAUGACUUCAGCUCCUGCAAAAUCUGAUGACCCUGCUUGGGCUUAUGGUAAAUUGGUUUUGGGUAAAAAGAAUAAUAUCAUUUGCCUCUUUUGUAAUAAGCAUCUUAAAGGUGGUGGAAUUACACGAUUAAAACAACAUCUUGCCGGAGUGAAGGGAGAAGUGGAAGCUUGUAAAAAUGUGUCGAUGGAUGUAAAAUGGCAAAUGAAUCAAAUGCUUGAAGGGUAUAAACAAGAGAAAGAAAGGAGGGAGAGAAUUAGCAAAGCGGUUGGAGAAGGAGCUUCCUAUCAAGCUAUGGAUGAAGAGGAGGAGGAGUCUUUACUUGAUAAAAGAACAUCUGGAGAUACAUCGGGGGCCAAAAAUAAAAGAAGUAAGACAAUUGGUGGCUUUUUUGCGCCAAGAACAACGUCGGGUGCCCAACCUUCUAUAAAAAGUGCAUUGUCAUCUAAACAAACCAUUGAUGAAGCAAGAAUGGCGGUUGCUCGAUGGUGGUAUGAUGCUAACAUUCCAUUUAAUGCGACUUUAUCUCCGUAUUAUCAACCGGCGAUUGAUGCAAUGAUAGCCGUUGGACCGGGCUUUAAGGGUCCUUCAUAUCAUGACUUGAGAGGCCCUCUCUUGAACAAUAGUGUUGUUGAAAUUAGAGAGUAUCUUCUUGAACUUAGAGAGGUAUGGGCAAAUUAUGGAUGUUCAAUUAUGUCUGAUGGAUGGACAAGCCAAAAACAAACUCCGAUUAUAAAUUUUCUUGUUUAUUGUCCUAGAGGGACUAUGUUUUUGAAGUCAAUUGACACAUCGGGGCUUGUUAAAGAUGCAGAUACACUAUUUGGUAUUUUUUGUGAAAUUGUUGAACUAGUGGGGCCAAGUAAUGUUGUCCAGUUUGUUACGGAUAAUGAGGCUGCCUACAAAGCGGCGGGAAAGAGGUUACAAGCACAUUAUGGAUCCUUCUAUUGGUCUCCUUGUGCGGCUCAUUGCUUGGACUUGAUGUUGGAGAAUUUUGCAAAGCCUCAACACUUUCCGCACAUAGACGCUACCAUCCAAAAGGCUAAAAAGGUAACUCGAUACAUUUACAAUCAUGCAUGGGUUCUCAACACAAUGAGGAAAGACUUCACAAAUGGUAGAGACUUGUGUCGUCCCGGCAUCACAAGGUUUGCUACAAACUUUUUAAGUCUUCAAUGCCUUUUAAAUUUCAAGAAAGAGCUUAGACAAAUGUUCACUAGUGACAAAUGGCUUGGAUCUCGAUAUGCUAAAUGUAAUGUUGGGAAAGAAGUUGCUAAAAUUCUUUUGGAAGAUAGAGAAUUUUGGUCUAAUUGUCAACUCGUGGUGAAAGUUAGUGAACCUUUGGUGAGGGUUCUCCAUCUAACCGAUGGUGAUGAAAAGCCUGUAAUGGGACACUUGUAUGACGCAAUGGAUAAGGCAAAAGAGGCAAUUAAAGUGAGGUUCAACAAUAGGCUCUCUUUGUAUGGCCCAUACAUUCGAGUGAUUGAUGCUAGAUGGGAUAGGCAACUUCAUAGCCCUCUUCAUGCUGCUGGUUGCUUUCUCAAUCCCGCAAUAUAUUUUAAGCCUUCUUUCAAGAAGAAAAAAGAAGUUGAUCGAGGAAUGAUUCAAGCUCUUACAGUCUUGGUGCCGGAUGAGCAUUUGCAAGACCAAAUAAGUGCACAAAUUGAGGAAUACAAGCAGGCAACAGGUGACUUCAGUAUGCCCCUUGCUUUUCGUCAACGACAGAAACUAUCUCCAGUUUCAUGGUGGGGGCAAUUCGGAGGUUUAGUUCCCGAGUUACAAAAGUUUGCUAUUCGAGUACUUAGCCAAUGUUGCAGUGCAACUGGAUGCGAAAGAAACUGGAGUAUGUUUGAGUUUAUCCAUUCUAAGAAGCGGAAUAGACUAGAGCAUAAAAGACUCAAUGAUUUAGUCUAUGUGCGUUAUAAUUUGAAGCUUCGAGAAAGGAUUAUUAGGCGAACAAAAGAUGCACUUGACCCGAUUAGUCUUGAAAACAUAAAUGUGUUGGAUGAUUGGGUGAGUGAAGAGCCUAGUCUACUUGAUGAAGAGGAUAUUGCAUGGGAGAUUGUUGAACCACCAACUUUAGAGGCAUUGACGUUAGAUGAAGAUGAUCAGGAGCCUAACUUUGAUGAUGCCGCUGAUGAUUUUCCAAAUGAGGACGAGAGCCAGUAUGAUCAUUGGGAUAUUGGAGGACACAAUGAUCCUUAUGUUUAUGUUGAAUGACAACCUAUGUUUUUUUAGAUGUACUUCUUAAGUCCCUUUUGGUGAACUUUGCGUAUGUUUUGAGAUUAUGGAUAUGUACUUGACAUUGCGUAUGUUUUGUGGAUGCUCUUGGAACUUUUUCUUAUUAAUUUGAAGUCACUUAUGUGAA